AUGAUACCAUGGUCGACCUUCAACUCGAGCGAGCUACGACCAGACUGGCGCAUCGACCUCAAUGAACACAACCUAUCCUACUUCUCCGACAAAGAAGGACAUUCGCCUUUGGAGGAGAAGAUGAACGUCUCCAUGCUCGAACUGGCCCAUGAACGACAAUUUGUCAUGGCUCAGCUCGGCACGCUCAGUGUUGGGUUCGAGGCCGAGCACAAGGCGCGAAUCCAAUAUACUUUCCAGAGGACGAAAGACUAUUUCACCUCUCAUUAUCUCGAGGAGCCCUCCUGUCGUCCAAGCGUGCCUCGAGCCCAGGAAGUGUCUGACCUUGAUCUCCCCUCUACCACGUUCGAACCACUGCCUUCUCGGCUGGAGAUGUCUGAUCUGGACGAACCGGAACCGGAACCCGAACCCGAACCCGAACUCGACCCAGCGCCUCGGACGCCGUCUCUUCAAGCACCAACACUCAAAUCUUCAAGUCCGUUUCUGACCCUCCACCAGCUCAUGAACCCGGAACCGCCGAGCCCUCGGUCCAGCAAGCGCAAGAUCUCUCCUGCAGCCUGCCCGGGGGUCUUGUCAGGAGACUUUUCCAGGUCGAAACAGGACUACUACGUCGAUUCGGACGGAGUGCGCGUUCCUCUGGCCUAUGCCCGAGCCAACGAAUUGCCGCCGUUGCAUCGGGCGUCUCGUACGCGCAGAGACGUGCGAAUGCGUCCUGUCAAGUCGAAACUAGGAAAAUCUACCCGCGACGUCCAGCAAUCCGAGGACCAGGGCCAGUUGGUGUCGAAUGACCCCGAGCGAAGCCAUUACGAGAAGAAGGGCUCUUGA